AUGUCUUCAGGGUUCUGGCCUCCUCUACUCCAGCCUGUGGUCGCGCCAGCCAGAGCUCACGGAUUCCCGGCGGCGCCCCGCCUCCGGUCCCUUAUUGGCUCCCUUGGGGCACGUGAGGGCUGUUGCGGAGGCCUCGGAGGUUCUGUGUUGCAAAGUCAAGGGCUGUCCCACCUUCUGCGCGCAGCUGUUCCUGAGUCAGACCGCCACGUGCAGGCACUGGACUGGAUGUGGUAUGGGUGCCAGGCCAGCAGGCACUCCAGUCGUUUGCUGCGAGAGCGCAGGAAGCGGGCGUGCAGGAGGCUGGACGCCGCGGCGCCCGAGCGGGACUGCCCCCAGGUGAGGGUGUGCAUCGCAGCGUCCGGGGGCAGCGAGGAGCCCGAGUCCCCCGAUGCCCAGCGCAGAGGCCGCCUGCCCUCACCACGGCCCAACAGAGGCCAGGGCCAGCCAGGCACGGGGGGUCCUCUGGAUGGCGGAAGGAGCCGGGCCCAGCCUUGCCCGAGGUGCAUCGCAGGAGAGUCUGGACAUUUUAACCAUAUGGAAGAUCGGUAG